ACCUGUGUAGGGUGUAGUGUAGCAUAGCGUAGCGUAGGCCUAGAUUGAUAGGGACGGUUUGGUGCUGGCUUUGGUUUACAAUGGCAGUGCUGGAUAACCACAGCUGGCAGUACGCCCAGGCUGGGAAAACCCUGAUCAGACUCUCAGGGUUUCAUCGCAAUGAGGAUAUGAAGGCCAUCGAUGUGCUUCCUAUCCUCAAGGAGAAGGUCGCCUUUCUCUCAGGUGGCAGAGACAGACGUGGAGGUCCCGUUCUCACCUUUCCUGCACGAAGCAACCACGACAGAAUACGACCCGAGGACCUGCGCAGACUCAUAGCUUACCUAGCUACUAUUCCAAGUGAGGAGGUGGCCAGACAUGGCUUCACAGUCAUUGUGGACAUGCGUGGUUCUAAGUGGGACAGCAUCAAGCCUCUGCUGAAGAUCCUCCAGGAGUCUUUCCCCUCUUGUAUCCACGUCGCACUCAUCAUCAAGCCGGACAACUUCUGGCAGAAGCAGAGGACCAACUUCGGCAGCUCAAAGUUUGAAUUCGAGACGGUGAUGGUCUCCUUAGACGGUUUAUCCAAGAUUGUGGACCAAUCCCAGCUGACAGCUGACUUUGAGGGCAGCUUAGAGUACAACCAUGAUGACUGGAUUGAGGUGCGGCUGUCGUUUGAGACCUUUGCCAGCGAUGCCGCACGCACACUGGCACGCUUUGAGGAGCUCCAGGAAACUUUGUCCCAGCGUGAUCUCCCGCGGGACCUGGAGGGGGCCCGACGGCUCAUGGAAGACCAUGCUGGGCUGAAGAAGAGGGCCACUAAGGCGUCGGUGGAGGAGCUUGAUGCGCAGGGACGGAGGCUGCUGCAAAGGCUACAGUUACAAACUGCAGGAGGUGGAAGUAGCAGUGAAAGCGGGUACCGUAGUGGCGGAGCUAGUGGAGAUUCCAACGACCAUCAUCACAGCUUCAAUGCGCAUGUGGACAUACACAACCUAGUAGCUAAAGUGACAGGCUUGUUGGAUAAGCUGCAUGGGACACGACAGAAUCUGCAGCAGCUGUGGCACAUGAGGAAACUGAAGCUGGACCAAUGUUUCCAGCUGCGUCUGUUUGAACAGGACGCAGAGAAGAUGUUCGACUGGAUCAUGCACAACAAAGGCCUUUUUCUCACCAGUUACACGGAGAUCGGAGGGAACCACCAGCAUGCUGUCGAGCUGCAGACCCAGCACAACCACUUUGCCAUGAACUGCAUGAUCACACUGGGAAACAACGGAACAAUUAGAGUUGUCCAGGAUGGAAAGGUACAUUGAUCUGGAGCUGCU